AUGGAAGAAGCGGGAAAUAAUGGGACAUUGGAUCCUGUCUGUUCUGCAAAUGAACGUCCAUACUCACAAGUAAUAUUAGAAAGUAAGUUUAUUCACUGUUGAGAACAACGUAAGUCUGUGUGAAUAAAUCCUUUUUGGGGUUGUUUUUUUUACCAGAUUAAUCAAACUGGUGUGUGUGUGUGUGUGUGUGUGUUAAUGAGAAGCUUUUUCUUUCACUGUUGUUCUGGACUGACCUACUUUUUAAAUGGCAUUUGAAAUGAGGAGGACACAUUAAUGUUCAUCAGAAAGGCUUAAAGGCAAACUUAAUCUAGUGUUGAUGAAUGCAUAAUGACUUUGAAUGGCAAAUUUAUUCACCUGUAACUUUAAAAUUAAAAAGAGUUUCAACCACAAAAACAGAAAGAUGCUUCUUUCUAGCAGGGCUCGUGCAGGAAGAAUUCCAAACAGAUAUAUGAUUGUUGAUGAUUAUGAUAAUAUUAUUUUAUUUAUUUCAUAAAAUGUAUAUACUGCUUGAUUGUAAAAAAAACAACACUCACAGUGAUUCACAAAAUGAUAAAAUAAAAUAAAAAUUACAACCAUACUUUAAAACAUAAAACAAAAGUUAAAAUACUAAAACAGAUUAAAAUCACCUCAACUUUCUAAGCAUCUAGGUAAGCUAGUUUAAGAAGAGUUUGGAUUUGAUAUCCCGUUUUAUCACCACCCGAAGGAGUCUCAAAGUGGCUCACAAUCUGCUUUCCCUUUCUCCCCCACAACAAACAUUCUGUGAGGUGAGUGGGGCUGAGAGACUUCAGAGAAGUGUGACUAGCCCAAGGUCACCCAGCAGCUGCAUGUGGAGGAGCGGAGACGCGAAGCCGGUUCUCCCGAUUAUGAGUCUAUCGCUUCUUCCAAUCUUCAUCCAACGUCUCUUCCUCCUGGUCUCGGGUUUUGUCAGUCCUUUCUAUCCCAUCCAUCUAGUUCAUUAACCUGGUAACCUUAUGUCCGAGGCCCUUAAGUCUCUUCCAUGUCCCUUCCGCAGAUCUUCUUCAUAUUUAUACCUGUACUUUACUUUGUCUUCUGCUCCUUUCACUCGUGGAGACUCCAGCUUGUCAAUAUUUUUGUCCCUUCUCGACAGAUCAGCCCCUUUUCCAUAGUCCACAUUGAACUCCAUGUGGUAUUUAAAAGCAUGUUUCAAGGUCCCUCCAAGGUUGGGGACCCCCACAACUCCAAACUCCUCCCGGCCCAACGCCAGAUUUGAAAAUUCAAAACAUCCCUGCAUAGGGGGGGUCUAUCCAGCCCCCCAUCUCCAAGCCGAACAAGACUUUAUCUCUCCAAAUCUGGCUUUUUCCAGGUUCAUUCGUCAGAUCCAACAACUCAUGUUCCUGCUGGGCCACAGUUCCCUCCAUCUCUGCCUCCCGAGGUCCAGCCACAACCUCCUCCCUCAUCUGAUCUGUCAGAGCACACUCCUGAAUUGAUUCCUGAGUGGGUUCUAUAUAGAUACCCACUACCUGUCCAAAAUUUCUGAUCGCAUCAGUCAUCAAAUCCGUCUUCUCAUGUAACUGUUCCAAUAAAGCACUUGUUUUGCAGAAAGCACGCACCAGAGCCUCCGAGUACAUUGUUGUGCAAGGUCAAAGUCUGAUCCCACGAUCUUAAUCUAUUGCAGCUGCAAAGCUCCCCAGUUCAGAUUAAUAACAGUUUCACAAGCUCCCUCUAGGGGAAGAACUUCUAUUUGUAUCCAUCUCUCUCUCUCUCUCUUUUUUUAAAGCAGAUCUAACAACAAAGUUUCCUUUUUCAGAUAUUUUGUCAAUAUUUUGUUCCUUUUAACUGCGAAGGAGAACAAUGGAAUCACUAUGUUUCUCUUCUUUUAACUAUCUGUUAAAAACGUUUGUCUGUAGUCAAUGAACUUCCCGAAAACGUCUGUCCUGACACCCCGCUCCCAGGUUCAAGACGGUGGAAAAUUGCUUUUCUUUACACUCUCUUCUGCAGGUUUAAACAGUCCAGAAAAAAUCCCCCCUCUUCUCCUGCUUCCAAAGGGGGUUCAGUAAUUUUAAAUGAUGAAAGUUGAUCCUUUACAAACGAUUUUCUAAACUCUAGCUUGCCAUGUCUUUGCUUUAAUCUUUCUACAAAAAGCGGAAGACUGACUUCCUGUUUAGACCUUCCCGCUUCAGUGCCAAAUUAAAAGGAAUUUCUUAGUCCAAUUUUCCGUUCUACUCACGGGUCGUUGUUUAGAGUCCAAUUGUCCAAAUUUAACCUACUCACGGGUAGUUGUUUUUGUAGCCAGAUUGUCACAGGAAAAAGGUAGCGCUUUCCGGUAACGGCUGUGCGGCUUCGCUCCAUGGAAGAAGCAGUUGACUCUCAGCACCGCGCCGCUUGCCCCGCUUCGCUCCGGAGCCCGUAAUUGGGUUCCUUUACAAAUUGGGGGGGGCGCGCGAAAGGUGCCCGCCGAGUCCCACGGUCACAGGCUUCACCCGCCUGUGAUUUUUUAAAGGGUCCCCGCUUCGCCGUAGCGGAACAGACCCGAUUUCCGUAGAGCCAGUCCCUCCGGAUCAGAGGGAGUCCGCCAUUACCGAUGAUGCCACCCCGGAAGUCCCCUCCACCACACUGGCUCUCUAAACAGGAAUACUUUUAGCAGGCACAAAAAAGAGUACAGUGGAGGUGCCUGAUUGAUUUCAAUAGGCAAGGAGUUCCGGAGUUCAGGUGCUGCCGUACGAAACAAAUGCGGAAUGGGCAAUAUGUGUGAUAACGCUAUUUAUUAGUCACUGUUCUCAUGGGAAUGAGCAACUGACACUGAUCAGAAAUGGGGAACUUUAGGUGUGUGGAUCAAAGCAGGCAUUUCCCACAGUGCCUCUGUCUUGUAUGAGCGGUUCCACCUGCUAGAAAUUAAGUGUCAAAGCUUUCCUGCUGUUCUCAAGUAUGGGGUCAUGUGGACACAGAGAAUGGCAAGGGAAAGGGAAAGUUUAAAACUUCUUGAACUAUGAUAUGACAGCAGUACAGGAAUGAAUGUGUAGUUGUGUAUAGACACUAAAGGCACAACUAGCCUCAGUGUGGGACACCUGCACUUAGACUCGUCCGCACAUUUAUUUAUUUUUUAAUGAGCUGAAUUUAUUAGGCUCUGCAAUGCUGUGAGCAAUACUGGGGUGGUGUCUGGAAGGGCUGCAUUUUUCCUGGAAUCAGAGCCCGUAGUUACGGCACUGGGUCUGUUUAUCUGGAAUCACAGUCACAGUUUACUGCCAAUUAAUCAGUGUCAAAGCAUUCUUUUUUUUUUUUUUAAAGGUCAUUCUCAAAACAUCCUGUUAAAAAGAUGUGGGGUUGCCCUUUGGUUCUAUAGCAAUCUUGAUGGGUGUUACUGACUAGGAAGAGAUAUCACAGAUUAGGAGAGAGCCAAUAGCUCAUAUUUUAGUGGUGGCAAAGUUCCAAAUUGCAGCAAAAUGGAAAAAUAUAAAGCCCCUAGCAAUGAAGGAAGAAGAUAUGAUUCAAUUGAUGCAAAAGCUUACCAAGAAUUUGCAUCAAUGAAUUUACAGAUAUCAUACAGCAAAUCCCAGAUAUAAUUAUGACUGUGUAGAACAAUUGUUCCUGAUUCUAGAUGUAAUUGACACAGCUAACUAGCAAUACAAGAGAACUAUGAUUCUCUUUGAUAGCAGAUAGUGUGGGGAGGAGAGUGUACAUCUGUCUGUCGGUCGGUCGGUCUAUCUACUUGUUACUGAAUUAUUUUGCACAUGCAUCCAAACAGGUACAUAGUCUACUAUUCCUGAUUAUACCAAAUUUUAUUCCUUUAUUUUUUAAAAAAAUACUAAUUAAAAAUUAUAGCCAUUACUAAACUGUGUUUGUGAUUUUAAGCACUUAAAAAACAAAUAGGCAUGGUGCUUCAUUAAUGUGAACAUUUUUGGCCAGAAAAGCUCAAGUAAAAGAAAGAGGGAGGGUGAAUUCAGGCAGCCAAUGUACCAUGUGAUAAAUGUGGGGGAACUGCACUUGUUUAUUAAAUGUGGACCUAAGAUGGCCGUGGCUGCUUUUGUAGUGUUCUGUGGUUUCUGUGUGGUCCUACCCCUAGUUAUAUACUCAUUCUGUAGCUACAGAGUGAAGACCUAAGUUCUACCUUCCCCACAAUGCAUUGCAUUGAUCCACUACCAAUACUUCCUUGUUCUUCCUCUAUGGAACUUGGUUGUUUAGCCUCUUCCCACAUUCUUGUAUUAAUACAUACUGAUAAUGGAGUAUGUAAUAUGGGUUUCCAAAUCCUUUUCACCCUGUAACAGCAAUGCCUCAACUGUUUUUUCCCCUAGAGGUGGCGUGCUGAAACUGGAAAUGAGCCCUACCAGGAGAAAAAAAUACAUAAUACAGCCGUACCUUGGAAGUCGAACGGAAUCUGUUCCGGAACUAUGUUCGACUUCCAAAACGUUCGGAAACCAAAGUGCAGCUUCUGAUUGGCUGCAGGAGGCUCCUGCAGCCAAUCAGAAGCCCCGGAAACCCCGUUGGACAUUCAGGUUCCAAAGAAUGUUCACAAACCAGAACACUGACUUCCAGGUUUGCGGCGUUCAGGAGUCAAAACGUUCAAGUACCAAGGUGUUCGGGAUCCAAGGCAUGUCUGAAUGCCAAACAAGCCUUUAUCCCUAGUUUCAGCUAAGACCAGCUAGAAACAUUCAUCUCUUUCUCUCUCGCAUACACACACACACACACACACACACACACACACACACACUGCUACUGUCUCUCAUGGCCCUGGAUUGUGAAUUAAGGAUAUGCUUACCUUAUAUUAAGCAUGCUUGCUUGCUUUUACCAGGCUGAAGUAUUCCAUUUCUUUAUGUGCUGCAGCUUGUUGUUUACAUUUGCCACAACUCUUUAUCCUUUCAGGCCUUGAUUUGACAGGAAUAUUGCUCUUUGGUAUCCUGACUUUAAUGACACUGACUGCUGACCUGGUGUUUGUGGAGGAAGUCUUCUAUAUCUACCGCAAAAUCCCACCCUCCAAAAGAUCCAUUUUUAUUUGGAUAAAUGCAGCUGCUCCAGUAAGUUGAAUAAAUAAAUUAGUUGGGUUGGGGCAACUGGCUAAAAUGUUUUUAAAUGUUUUAGAGUUCUAAUUUUGGUUCCUCUGUUUUGUUUUUGUCGGGUUGGUGUGGGUUAUAUGUUUAGUUGGGGUUGGCGGUUAUUUUAAUUUGAGUAUAACAGCAAGCUGUUUGUUGUUAUUGUUAUGAUGUUGUUGAUGUUGUUGGUGUUGUUUUCUUCUAUUGAUUUAUUGGUUUGUUUGUUGCUUGUAUAGGAUAUUUUGUUUUUUAAUAUUUAAUGUUCUGUUGUGUUUUUAUAUAUGUUAUAAGCUACCCUGAGUGGCUGGGUAAACCCGGUCAGAUGGGCAGGAUAUAAAUUAUUAUGAUUAUGAUUAUUAAAUUACACUAAAGAUGGAAAACCCUAUUAGUACUCACGUAAGGGCAUCCAGAGAUGACCCUAUUACUGGGUCUCUGGUAAUGCCUUCCUUUUAGGGACAGGCAGCAGCAUACAUUAUUUGCAUGCAGAAAUUCUCAGGUCCAAUCCCUGGCAUCUUCAGCUAAAACUGGAGUGGGGAACCAUCAGACCCAGAGGCCAAAUGUGGCCCUCCAGCCCUCUUUACCCAGCUGCUAAGACUCUGCCCAAGCGACACACACCCAGGCAAUAUCUCUCACUGGCGUUGCUCUCAGCUCUCUUUCAGUGAUUUCAUGUGGCUGGAAAGUGCUCUUGAAGUGUGUUAAUAUCUCUUGCUUGCUUGCCUGGAUGGAUGGAUGGAAAACAAAGAACCGUGUGUCUGGCCACAUCCACUUUUACCACACCCAACACUGGCAUGCAGCACUCAGAAGCUUGCGCACAUGGGAAGGCGGCCCUCAGGCUGAAAUAGGCUUCCCACCCCUGAGUUAAAACAAUGAAUAGCCAAUGACUCUGGACUACUGAUGCCAAUCAGAGUAGACAAUACUGGCCUACUUGGACAAAUAAUAUGAUAAAUUACAAUGCCGCUUCCUAUGAUGCCACUUGGAUACUGGGCUUCCCCAGGUAGGGCUUCUCCAGCUGAUGUUUUCUGAAGGAAAAGUUCUUUAGAAAGAGCUCUAAUCUGAUGUUCUGAUCUGAUGCCUAACUCAAGACUAGAUAAUAUUGAAUUGUGUCUAAAUCUGAACUGAAGGGAUAUUCAUUUAGAAGAUAAUAGAUUCCCCCACCCCCUGCCCCCAAAUCUACUUACGGUAGUUAAUAAAUAGGUUUUGCCCUGAAUGUUCCUCUCUCUUUCCAGGUGAUUGCCACUACGUCAUGUAUUGGGAUGUGGAUUCCUCGCUCAACAAUGUUUACAGAUUUUACUGCAGCAGUGUAUGUUUUCUCUAUCUUUUUAGAUAUGCAUUUACCCGUCUGUUUCCAUUUUUAGGCAAAAUGUUUCCAGCAUUAAGGAGACAAAUAGUUAUCUUGUAUUUGUAGGAACAGCCCUUUUGUUAAAAUAGAAUCCUUUAUCAGUUUUUUUUUGCAUGAGGAGAAUAUACUGUUAACUCAGACUUUGAUGAUAGUGUAGAAACUAAUAAUGGCACCGACUAGAUAAAAGAAUGGAAUGUUAAAUGUGUGUGUGGGGGGGUGUAUUCUUUAGUUUGUGCACUUUAAAAGUCCACAGACUCCUUUGACUGGCAGCUGGAUUGAAACAGCAGAGCCCCUUUGAUUUCUCAAACGUAUUCUUUAGAGCAAGAUUCUGACCUGUGAGUGGCAUUUCACCAGUCUUUUCUAAAUGGCACAUUGCAGUUUCUUUUUUUAAAACAAAAAAACUGCUGAAAAGAAGUACACCAAUAUAGGAAAAUAACCCAAGUUGGAUAUCUGUGUGAUGAGGCUUGUCCGCUGUAACACAUACUGUAAAGGAAGAGAAAAUAGUUUGCAUCCUUUGGCUUUUUGUUCUUUUUUUCUUUUAAGAAGACAACAACAACCCAAAAGCAGCUGUGGGGGAUGCAAAUUAGACUGAUGCAGUGGCCCUGAGGAAGGGAAUAUUUAAAUUGCCCCCCCCCCCCCGCUAUUUCUCCUAAAACAAAGUUGUCUCACUCUUUCAAAAACAAGGUACCGGUAGGUUUUUCAGGGAAUGGCAACUCAAGGCAUCCCAGUAGUUACUGCACCAGGGAUAGCUCCAAAUGAACAACAACUUGCGCCAACAAAGGCUGGAAGUGAACUGAGGUCUUAUGAGUCCACUUCUUCCAGGCUCCAUCCUUUAGGCCUGAAGACUGUGGCUCUUAAAGGGCCAACUCUCUGUGUCUGUACUGUAACCUCCUGAGUAGUGCCCUGUUGAGCAGCUAUGCUACUGUGAGAAGCACUCAAUUCCCCUGGCAAGUCAAAACUGGGGGACAGCCCCUGUGAGGGUCCCCACAGGCUCAGGCUCCAAUCCACCAGCGUCAGCAGCCUUCUCGAAUUCCUCAGCUAGCAGAACAGCAGACCUGGGCUCAGCCAGCUCUUCCUCUGCUGAGCUCAAGCCUGCGGCCAUGACAGUCAUGUGUGACAAAUGCAUAUCUUAACAUGUAGGUGCCUUUCCCUCCUUCCCAUAGAUUUUUUGCUAUCGUCAUCCACAAGUUCCUGCUCAUGAUGAUUAAAGAAUGUGGGGGUCAAAAACUAUUCCUCAGGCACUUUGAGAACGACCACUUCAAGAUAAGCACAGGCCCCUGCUGCUGCUGUUGCCUUUGCCUCCCACAUAUACGCAUCAAUAGGUGAGUUGGAAGGGCUUUGGUAUAAUCAAAGUGUUGUUAUUAUUAAAGGGAAAGGGUGUGGUUUAAAGUCAGCACAUUCACAUCAGUUUUGUUACACUGACAUACCACCUUCCUUCCAUUCUGGAACCCAAGGUAGCAUACCCCACUGGGCAGUGUUUUGGUUUCGAUCAUAUACUUAAAGGAAGCUCAAAUCCAAAUAUACCUGCAUAUCUGGACCGAGUGCUGCCUUGGAAUUCUUCUAGGAUGCAGAGAUUGGACUGCCAUCUUUUUACAGAUGCUCUAGCUCUGGAUUCUCUACACUGAGCAUGGGUUUGGAGUAGAUGGACUGCAAGAUCCACUCUGUUGGUCCUAAAACAAGAACAGACGUUUGCAAUAAGUUAGUUGAACCAGUGGGGGGCAAUAGACAGAAGGGCAACCUAUCCUCCCCUCACUGAUUACUUCUGUUUCCUCUUCAUGUUUUUAGUCAGCAUGAGUUAACAUGUGACCGUGCUAACUUAUUGACUCCAUAUGGGCCACAUGCAAAACCUUUGCUUAGAAUGGAGGAUCUAGACUGAAAAAAGAUGUGGGAAGUAGGUGGAAAGUCAGCUUCAGUCCAAGGGCGGCAUUCCCUUCUGAGCAACCUUCUGAGGGCCACAUGCCAGCGGUGGGUGGAGCCAGAGUCAAAUGUGGCCGUGGCAAUUAAUUGUACCUUUGUACAGCAGGCUAGUUUCUGCACACACACACCCAUCCCUCCCUAUCCUCCACCCAGACCAAUAAGAGGCACCAUCAGAGUUCAAUAACACAUUUCAGUGAGGCAGAAACACCCAGGGUGUGAUGCGGGGCCAGUGAGCGGGGUGGCCAGGGAAGAGUUCCUAGCACUAGGUAGAAAGAACUGGAGGACCACAUUUAGGCCCCAAGGCCUGAGGUUCCCUAUCCCUCUUUUAGAACCACUUCCUUGCUCUGAUUCACUGUCUUUGCGCCACAGAAUUAUUAAAAUAUGAAUAAUCCAUGGGAGAUUUGAUGACAGAAACCAUAUGUAACGCUAAAAUUCGGUGCUCCGCUCUACAGUAUUGUUGUGGCACCCCUUGCAGUGCAGCACCCAGUGUGGCCAAACUGGUUACACUACCCUAAAACCAUCUCUGAGGUAGCUGGGUAUGUUUAGCCUAGAGGAGACUGAGAAGAGAUAUGAUAGCCUUCUUCAAAUAACUAAGCUGUCAAAUGGGGAAUGUAGCAAGCUUGUUUUCUCCUGCUCCAGAGGGUAGGAUGAGAAUCAAUGGCUUCAAGUUACAAGAAAGGAGAUUCAGACUAAACAUUCUGAUUGUAAGAACUUUCUGACAGUAUGAGCUGUUUGACAAUGGAACAGACUCCCACAAGAGGUGGUGGACUCUCCUUCCUUGGAGGUUUUUAGGCAGAGGUUGGCUGGCCAUCUGUCAUGCAUGAUCUAGUUGAGAUUCCUGCAUUGCAGGGAUUGGACUAGAUGAGAUUCGGGGUCCCUUCCAACUCUGCAAUUCUAUGAUUCUAUGAUUCUAUUUAUUAUUUGGUCCUUAGAUUGACAGAGGGUAGAGAUAUCACUGAAGCUUGCAUGUUCUCAGACAGUUCCUUCGCUUCUUCAAGAAAGCAGAAAGAGGUGAUCUGCCAGCUCAUUUGUACACUCGUUUGUACUGUUUAUAGUUCUGUAAUUAUUUGCAGGAGUAAAAUUGCCACUAUAAUUAUAUCAUUAUUAUGCAAUUAUGGCUGUAUUAAUUGAGCAAUUAUAUUAAGCCAAAGUUCAUUAAUAUAGCACAGAGUACAUUAUAUAGCAGCUUGCCUUCAUUAAUGAGAGUGUCUGAGGUGGAAAGAGAAGGAGGUUGGAUAUCUGAAUAAAGAGAGGAAGGAAAGAAAGAUGUAAUGGGGGGUGGGGGUGGGGUUGGCGUUGGGUAGGGAUAUUUACUACUCAGAUUGUCCAAGGCAAAAGCCCAAUACGUGUCAGUGGAUCAAGAUUACCACCUCUAUCUCCUUUGAGAUUAUGAAUUUGUCCUUCCCCCCUUUUUUUUAUUUGGCAGGCGAACACUAUUUUUACUGAAGCUGGGGACUUUCCAGUUUGCAUUCCUCCGCCCUGUGCUAAUGUUUCUAUCAAUAGUACUUUGGACCAAUGGAAACUACAGUCCCUCUGAUGUAAGCAAAGGUUUGAAGAAUUUAUUGAAACUUAAUAAAGGAUGAUAAGAAAUACCUGUACACCUAAAACUGUUUUGAACUAAAACAGUUUUGAACUAAAACCAGUCAGAAUGUACUGUAGGCAUAAAUCACCAUGGUCUUGCUAUGCUAUGACACAGAAUACAAACAUAGAAUAAAAAGAACUAAAAAGCUGUAAUAACAGUAGAAAACCAACUAAAUAUAGGUUUUUAAAUAAUUCAAAAUAAAUACCUAGGGCAGAGACCUUUCCAUUCCACUGGAAAAGCUAAUUGAAACAAACAUGUCUUUAGCUGACCUGCUUAGUUACUGGCAGACGCAUGGAACAGAGACAAACUACUGUAGGCAAUGUUACAUGUGUGAUGGCAUUUAAUAGGGGGAAACCUCCGGGAGGCAAAUGUGGCCCUCCUAGCUUCUCUCGCUGGCCCCUGGAACUCUCCUAAGUCACAUCCCCUCUCCCAAGCCACACCCCUCACAGGCCUUGCUUGUGUUUUGGCUGGAAUUGAACUCUGAUGAAGCCUCUUGCUUGUCUGAACAGAGCACAGAGUGUGGUGCAUGUGUAAAAACUACUUUACAAAGGUAAAAUUUGUAUUUGUUGCCAUAACCACCGUUGCCCCCAGCCCCAGUCCCACCCACCACUCAUAUGUGAGCCCCAGAAGGUUGCUGGAAAAGGUUCCCUACUCCAGAAAUUGGAGCAGGGAGGAGGGAAUUGGUGUUGGGGAAAGACGUGGAGAUGAGUGGUUUUUUAACCUUCCCCAACAACUUGAAUGUAUUGAUUUCAAUAGGUCUGCUCUGAGGGUGGUGUGGAUGCUUUUGGUGCUGCUGAGUGUGUAUAUGAGUUAUACAAAUAAGUUUGUUCUGGAAGCAGAAAAGGACCUGCUGUGGAAUAUAAUCUGUGUAUCUGUUCAAUGUACCUUUUCAGUUAUCUCCCAACGGAGCUGCCAUAUGGAUUAACUGCUUCAUAGGUGUCCUUACUAUCAUUGCCCUGUGGCCAAUCGGAAUCAUGUUCCAACGAGUCCGCGCUCUCCUUAACUGCAAGAAGAUUAUCCCUAAAUUUGCACUUUAUCAGGUGAGAUAGUUAAGACUACAUUGCAGGCCUUCAUUUGAAAUGGUUCUGGAAGACAGCUCUAUAGUCAGGUGCUGCAAACCUAAAAGAGGAAUUCAAGAUCAAAGACUUUAUUACUUAAAGCCUUUGAAGUAUGAAAGGUCUUCUUUGUAGCUAACUCCUAUUUUGUGAUAGCUUCUUUCAACGCUUUUGGGUGACAAUGGAGAACUGAGCAAUAUUUAGAGUUUUCAGCCUUCCUAAAGUUUUGGGUGGUAAAAGUGCAGCGCACACAGAGUUCCUUUUCCCUGCAUGGAAGGAAGUGGUGUAGAACAAAGACAUAUCCUGUGAUACAAGACUAAAGCCCAGGGCGUACUUCUAAAGACCAUGGUAGGUACUGGUAAAAAUAUGAUUGUUUAAAUGGUUUCAGAGCACCACAGUUUAUUUUGUGCUGUUUCUCCUAUAUAUGUCAAAUUCAAUUGAGUUAUAUGGGAUCUACUCCCAUGUCAGAGUGUGUAGGGAUGCUAAUUUGUCCCAUUGAUGGAACCUAAAUUCAACUUAGUUGGACCCAACCCACAAUUUCUUUUUAACUGCCCCAAUAUGCAAAGGAGAGAGCUGGUGUAAAGGGGUGGACUGGGGAGAAGAAUUUCAGAACCCUCCUGUACUAUAAUACUUUCUAGGUGACCUGGUUUUAAGGCAAUCAGUAUCUUACUUCCCAAGAAUGUUGGAAUGAUAAAUCAAGCAGUGGAAAAGCCGUGCAUGCUGUCUUGAGCCACUAGGAAGAAGGACUGGGGAAGUGGGGGAAUGUAGCCAAUAAAUAAAAAACCUCACUUCUCUUCAUGCAAGUGUGCGCAUGCGCGCGCGCACACACACACACACACACACACACACACACACACCUGUUUCAUUGGCUCCUGACAAACUGAUCCAUGCCCCAUGGCUCUGAUUCUGCUGGCUUUAAGCCUGGGCAGUCCAUUGCUGAGUGUGCUCUUAUAAGGGACUUUAGUUCUCCUUCUAGCUUACCCUGUUCCACUGCAAGGUGAGUACCAUGGCAGUCAGCCACGCCUCCUCCUCCCAAUAACAUGGUGGACACAGGAGAUGGCAGUUUCUGGGCUGCCUCUCUGCCUCUCAAGACAAAUCUUCGAAUCAAGUCCAUAAAAUUUGGUAAGUGCAAGUACGUUCUUCCCACCAAGGUGGAAGAAGUCUACACUGAGGGCAUAAUGCAGCUUUCUACAAUCAGGUAGCCUCCAGAUGUUUUGGUCCAACACAUCUGGAAGACACCCUAUUGGGGAAGGCUGGAGAAACAACAAAACAUUACAUAUAGGAAUGUGCAACUUGCCCCUCUCUUGGGCCAUCUAUUCUCUAGUUUACCCUUCAGGAUUCUUCUCCAUGGGCACCAUGUUCUUUCACCAGGAGAAAACAUGCACUAUGAGUAUUCAUCUUUCAACAUCAGCCUAAAUGCACGGCACCUUCCCCCUCAUGCUACUUCCAAACAGCGAACCUUCUGUGGUAUCAUCCCCCUCAUGGGGAUUUACCUCUUUAUUUUAAUUCAAGGUGGAAAAUGUAUAUAGUUUUCAUUGAAUCGCAUUCACUCUGCACUAAAAUGGGAUUUUUUUUCGCAUGACAAUUUUCUUUUUCUGUGUGUUUAUGUAGUUUGCCCUCAUUUUGAGUCAGCUCCAGGCAACCAUCAUCAACAUAUUGGCUAUGGAAGGGGUAAUUGCGUGUGUGCCUCCACUUUCUUCUUCAGCAAGAGGAGCAUGUAAGUUGCUUGGAUUUCAGUUUCUAUGACAGGCUAAAGUGGGUUCAUUUCUAUAUUCACUUAUAAUGUAUUCCACCUCUGUAAAUUAUGUAUUCCGCCUCUGCAGGGCCACUGUAAAAGUCCAACUGUCAUUGAGAUCAUGACAUCUGAUGCUCCAUGUAUUACCCAUUCCAACAGUUGUCCACUACAAGAGUUUAAUGAAAGCAAGUUUGAGCCCACCUUAUUUUCAUUCCUGGUCCUUAAACCUCUUACUCUUUUGUUCCCUUUCGAUUUGCCAGAUAUGGACCAACAGCUACUCAUUAUGGAAAUGUUUCUCAUCACUCUGAUCUCACGAGUCGUCUACAGGAAAGGAAACGAUGACCUGGAGCUUCCAGUGGUUUCAGACCAGGAAACUAAGGGAAACAAACAGAACAGCAGGAUCAGUGUGGAGGGCAACAUUUUUUAA